AUGGAAUCCGCGGAACCGCCCUCUGACACGCGAGAUGAGGACGAUUCGGCCUCAAGCUCCGACCGAACAGCCUCACAUAAUACCGAAGAAAAUGAGUCCGGUAAAGAAAAGGGACCGACUGAACAGGAACAAUCGGCCAGUAUUGAAACCGAUGCAGACGACCGUGGGGAGGAAAACGUUCCCUUUGACAACGACCAGAAGAUAACCGAAAAUAUAGUGCGCAGAAUCAUGGAGGAAAUCGAUCUGCGAGCUCAGGCGACUGCCGAAGUAUACAGUGAGUGGUUCGGGUACCGGUGCAACAAAUUCUUCAAGCAUAUGCUACCGGGCCUAACCGAUGGACAAAGUUUCAGAAGGCUGAAGGAGAUAGAAGAGGACGUCAUCAGCCUAACAAACGCCAAGGAUCCCAACGAAGCCAUGGACCGACACGCAAUAGCUAAAUUACAACUCUUGGUGUUGGAUAUACUUGAGAUAAAGAAAGGGGAAUUCAUUGACGAGAUAGAGCGGCUUAAAGCGGUGCGCAGACAGCGAGAUACAGCGCACUCUCCGUGUCUUGAGACCGAUGACGGUCAGAAUCCAGGUGAUAAGUCUCCUCUAACGGAUCGGGCUAUCAACGAGACCGACGAUAGGACAAAGCCUCAUCUCACCGACAAUCUUGAAUCAGAUCAAGUCCGGGACCUAGAACCGGCCGUCACAGAAGAAAAAAAUAAGUCUCUCAUUCAAGAGUUUGUCCACACCGCGGUCAAGCCCUGGAAGAAGAAAGCUAAGAGGGUCGCGGUUCAAGCAUUCAAGAUGGCCGAGACAGCAAGGAAUGACCUUGGGAAGGCAAACGAGCGGCUUACAGAGAUCGAAGUCAACUACCGUGACGACACGGUUCUAUACGACGCUUAUCUUAAGCGAACCGAAGACUUGGAAGGUACGACAUCAAAACUGGUAGAUGACUUGGAACGAUUUCAAGAGAAAACCGAGCAACGACUUACAAAGGUCGAUGAGGACCUGGGGCAGUCAAGCACCGAAGCCGCUUCAACACUCAACGGAGUCAUAAGCCUCGAGGAAAAGAAUGCAAGCCUUGAGGACCGAAAUACCAAACUUGAAGUCGACCUCAAGGCGGUCACUGAGCAGGUGAAUGAAUUGAUGAAGGCCAAGCUGGCUGCCGAUACAGCGGUUGAGGACGCAAACGCUCGGGCGGCUAAGGAUAUUCAAGAUACGCUGGAUAAGGAGAACCGGAAAAACAAGGAGGCACCGCGGUCUGAUGCAAACUUCGAAGACCGCCUACGGAUAUUAACGGCCCAAAAUCCAGAACUCGCAAAAUCCAUAGCGGCUCGAGAAGCCAAGGAGGCAGAGCGGUUAAACGCUGAAAAACAAAGGCUCGAAGAAUAUGCCAAGGCUCACAAGAAAAUCACCGAAAUAGUUGUUGAAGAGGAUGACUUCGAGGAGGAUCUCGAACCGCGACCUACAAGACAACGAGUUUCCAAUGCGGUUCCAGUCAGCACGGUCGCUCAACCGCUCUCUCCUCACCAAGACACCACGGGAGCAGGAGGAUCUUCUUCAAGACCAGAUCAACCGGUUGAGGACCAACCGACGGAUGACCUGAUGGCAGGCUUCCUGCCAUCCGAAUUGGAAUAG